AUUUGUUCUCUUCCGCAUCGUCCAUUCCGUUAAUUAAGGAAACAAAAGCACCAACAUGGACUGAAAGAUCUUCCCUUCUAUCUUCUCCACCACUAUUCCUCCUCAGUUCUUAAUGCAGAAGCAGCCAAGAAAUCGAAGUCUGUCGCUUUCUCACUUCACUGUGCAGAAGAGUUCAAUGGGCAUAGGAGGCGGAUGCUGCUGCUUCCCAAGCAAGAAGAAAAGGGUUCCCGUUGAUCCUCCCGCCGAUCAAGAUCUUCCCGACCGGGAAAAGGAUACCCUUGUUCCUACCCGGAACCAAGAAACCCCCGAAAACGUCGGACGACCUCCUCCCGAUGAGAAGGAGGAUGUGAAGAAGAAGAAGAAGAAGUUGAGGGUCUUCAUCGUCUUCUACUCCAUGUACGGCCACGUGGAGAUCCUGGCCAGGCGGGUCAAACUCGGGGUUGACUCCGUCGACGGGGUCGAUGGUGUCCUGUUCAGGGUCCCCGAGACGCUGCCGUCAGAGGUUUUGGAACAUAUGCGGGUUCCGGCGAAGGAGGAUGAUGAUGUCCCCUUAGUGGCGGUGGAGGAGCUGGUGGAGGCGGACGGGCUACUGUUCGGGUUCCCGACUAGGUUCGGGUCAAUGGCUGCCCAGAUGAAUACCUUCUUUGAGAGCGCGGACUCCCUGUGGGCCGAGCAGAAGCUCGUGGGGAAGCCAGCAGGGUUCUUCGUCAGCACCGGGACACAAGGCGGCGGCCAGGAGACGACUGCAUGGACAGCGGUUACGCUACUAACCCACCACGGGAUGAUCUACGUUCCCAUUGGGUACACAUUCGGUUCUGGAAUGUUUGGAAUGGAUGCAAUCAGAGGAGGCUCUCCAUAUGGGGCAGGCGUCUUCUCGGGCGAUGGCACAAGAGCGCCUAGCGAGACAGAGCUCGCCCUUGCAGAGCAUCAGGGGAAGUACAUGGCCUCGAUUGUCAAGAGGUUCGGCCCAGUCCUGCCUUCUUAGCUUGCUCAGUGAUAUCGUAAUUUUACGGUGUAUUGUUUAUAUCGUGCGAUUUUUUUUCUUGUUUUGCUUAAUAUUUGUACUUACUGUGUCAUUUCUUUGUUCAUAGAAGUUUCUGAGGUUAGCUGAGGAGCCUAUUCUUUUUUUCAUGUUCAUGAGUCAUGUAUCUAUCUGGUUCGAAAAAUGCUUCUUCUUCUGAUUGUAUGAUUCCUUAUAUGAUAAUCAAAGGUUUGAGAUAUCAGGAUUGUUUCGUUA